CAUCUUCGCAGACCACCAGUUCAAACCGCUUCGAAAAAGUGUCGUCUGCUUUCGGAUGUGGUUCAGCUUUUGAUUCGCACGCGCUGCUGUCAACGGCGAUCUGUUAUAGGAACGUGACGGAUUACUUCUGAAACUUUUUGUACAGUGCACGUGGUGGUCGCAGGAAACACUUUUGUGUGAGUGUGUGUGUGUUUGUGACGCCACAGUGACAUAGUCAGCUGUGCAAUGUUGUGAUAGACUCUUAUUGAAGCGUCGAGCUCUUAUAUGAAAGAUCGUCACCCGUAAGACCGGUCGCCGCAUCCGGGGAUCUGCAGUCUGACUUUCAUUGGUCGUCAUUCAUGGAUGCUCCUUAUGCGUGAGGGCUUACCUACACACUCGGAAUUUCGUCGACGGUGAAGGAGGACCCAACGAAAGCUUGGGCAGGAUGGAGGCGGUGACGGAAGGACUAGCGGAGACGGUGACGCACGCAGCCACCUUAGCUGUGGAGGCCGUGACGGAAGAAAUGACGGCUCAUCACCACGGUCACCUCAAUGCCAGUGGAGGAUUGCCACCGGAAGAAGGUUACAUGGAGAUUGAAGAACAUGACCUCCCUCGCGCAGCGGCACCAAUCCUUUUCCUCUUCGUCAGCUUCGUUCUUGGGUCGUUGGUGAGGUUCCUCCUCAAGCGUCAUAGUAUACAGUUGCCAUACACAGUGGUGGUGUUCAUCUUCGGUGUGUUGAUGGGUGUCUUGUCUGGCCACUAUGAGCAACUCAAAGAAUAUACGUACCUGGCUCGCAUUGAUCCCAAGCUGCUCUUGCACAUGUUUUUACCCAUCCUCAUCUUCGAGUCAGCGUUCGCCAUGGAUGCGCACACGUUCAUCAGAUGCUUCACACAAUGUAUCCUCAUGGCAGUGCCUGGCCUCAUAUUAUGUUCUGCGUUAACGGCGUUCUUAUCGGUGAACUUAUACGUGAGCUAUGAGUGGACGUGGCACAACGCGUUCCUCUUCGGGUCCAUCCUCAGCGCCACGGAUCCCGUAGCAGUUGUAGCCCUUCUUCGAGAUGUAGGAACAUCGAAGAUCUUGACCACCAUAAUCGACGGUGAAGCGUUGUUGAACGACGGUUCAGCCAUCGUUAUUUAUGAGGUCCUUAUGGAACUGGCUGUACCGGGCAUGAGCAUGACACCGGCUGAAAUUGGCUGGAUGUUCGUCCGCAUCGCCAUUGGAGGUCCUCUGCUUGGCAUAGUCUUUGGCAAAGUGGCUGUAUGGUCCCUGGCCCGAGUGUUCAACGAUGCUGUCAUCGAGAUCACAAUAACUCUCAGUUCGGCAUACCUUACAUACUACGUAGCCGAAGCCGUGCUUGGCGUAUCUGGUGUAUUGGCCGUCGUCGCACUGGGCGUCAUUAUCAGUGCCAACAAGGUCAGCAUCAGUCCUGAAGUGGAGGAAUUUGUGCACAGUUUCUGGGAGAUGUUGUCCUACUUGGCCAACACCCUGAUAUUUAUUAUAGUCGGAGUGGUCAUUACCGAACGUUCGGUAUCUUACAUCGAAAAGAACGACCUUUUCCUCAUCCUCAUCACCUACAUCGGGAUCACAGUUUUUAGAUUGGUGAUGAUUGGCGUAUUGAGUCCAAUCCUCACCCGACUUGGCUACGGUCUCAAAUGGCAAGACGCAAUUAUCAUGACAUGGGGCGGACUCAGAGGAGCAGUAGGUCUCGCGUUGGCUCUCUCGGUCGCUGAGAAUCGGUACAUCAACCACGACACCGUGGGUAACAAGAUAUUGAUCCAAGUUUCCGGUAUUGUCAUCCUCACCUUGCUGGUCAACGCCACAACCACCAACUUCCUUCUGGGUAUACUGGGAAUGAACGCCAUCUCCCCGUGGAAGCGGUCCAACAUGGCCAACGCAGUCCGUCACCUUCGGGAGGUUCAGGAGAGGGCAUUGCACGUGAACCGUGAUGAUGUCUUCCUGGCUGAUGCUGACUGGAAGUACGUCGCCCGGUACACAACUAUCCGAGAUCCAUUCAACCCGAAAUGCAAGGGCGACGAUGAUGACUACCUCGAUGAUGCUGAGCAUCCCAACAGCAGCGCCUACAUGUUCCGCAAGCUGAGUCACGUGUCCCUGUGCCCAGACUGCUCUGAACAUCACUUGUGUCAACCUUCGAUUCAGGAAAAAGACGAGAUGAUGAAUGAAGCGCGAGUUCGCAUGAUCUCUGCUCAAAAGGUUCACUUCUGGAGGCAAUUCGAGAACGGGCUUCUUUUGAGGGAAAGCGUGUCUGCGCUGCAGUCAGCAGCUGAUGUGGUCUCUGACAGAGUUGGCCAGUUCAUCACAGUUACGGAUCUUAGAAGGAACUGGGAAGUGAGCAGUGUCUACAAGUGGCUGCAAGAUCACUUCGUGGAUCCAUGGGUAGAAAAGACAAAGAAAGCCAACAGUCGCCAGUUCGAGAAGAUGCCGAAAGAAGCGUGGAGGAAACCGUGCUACCUUGUGGCCCAGCAUGCUGUCUUCAACUUCCUCGUUGGUCUCGUGCUCCUGGUGGACAUUGCCUGCACAGUGACGGAGUUUGUACUGCGCAUGACUGACUGCGAGACCUGCCUCGCCGUCACCAUUUUGCGAUGGACCAACGUGGGAUUUGUUGUCUUUUAUAUCUUCGAAUGCAUUUUUGAAUUGCUGGCGAAGGGGUUCCGCGUUCACUUCAGAAGCUACUGGAACAUUCUAGACUUCAUAGUCUUGUGCAUCUCGAUUGGUUCGGCCGUAGUCGAAAUCGAGAUGGAGCUGACACACUCCUGGUACUCGGAGUACAUAGUGCUUCUAAGGCUCUGCAGGGUGCUCCGUCUUUUGCGAGUCAAGCGAGUGCUACGAGUGUUCCUGCCCUUGGGCAACAAGCUGGCCGACCUAGUCACGCACAGAGUGAACGUACAGCUCUCUAAAGGAUACGACAUCGGAAGAGGCUUCAUGAUGGGUCAGAGUGACGUCAGCAAGAUUGUGGACUACAUGGUCGACUACCAGCCAAUUGCUGAGAAGCUGAAGAAGAUCUGCACUGAUAGUCGGCUCGAGAUUGUACGAGAGCUGGCAACGUUACAAGAAAAAUAUCCAAAAGUCGCGGUGGCCGUGAAGACAAGGCGCGCCGUCCGACACGUGCUCAACAGUACACGUGCAGAACUGAUAGAGCUCAAAGAAGCUGGAAUGUUGGACGACGGAGUCUUCCACAAGUUAAUGGAGGUCAUUGAAGAAAAGAUGAUGCGGCUCCACAGUGCACCGCAGAGCAUUGUGCCUGCGCCACCAACAGAACUUUUGAAGAAUGUUGUCUGGAUUAAGGAGAACGAGGAGCUGUUCAACUACUUCCAGGAAAAUGUACAGCUGCAACACUUCGGCGCUGGUUGGUGCUUAGGCAAAGAAGGCGACGAACCAAGUGGAAUCUAUGUCAUUAUUUGCGGUGUUAUCAAGGUAGAUGGCGUUGUAACACGAACGGAAGGCGGAAGCCUCCCCAACACCGACUCCUACCAUUGGUUCAUCAGUGAGGGACAUAUGCAAGAUUUGCUCACCGUAGGAGCGGUUCUCGGAGAACUUGGGGUUCUGACAAAGAAACCCAGGGAGACUAGAGCAACUUGUGAUACGGACGUUAGGGCGUUCCACAUCCCACAGCAGGUUAUGUUGGACGCCAUUGAGAAGUUCCAUCAGCAUCCGUCGUUGGAGUACAAACUCUGGCGAAGCUGCGCUCUCAAGGUUGCCAGGGGUGUACUCAGCCUCGAACCUAAAUACGAGAACUGGCCUCCAAGCAAAUUGAUGAUGCACCUAGACCAAGCAUUCCUGCCCGACCUCAGCAUGGUUAAUAGCUACCUGGUGAAACCAACGAUGACGGACGUCGUCUUGGUACAAGGCAUUGCCACUGAUGUCAACAACUCGGACGAGUUCUUCGGUCCUACCUACAUACCCAGCACUGUCUACUCUAUUACAAUCAGGAAAAACGUGAACAACGACCGCACUAUCCUGGUGAUAGUCGGCAACGAGAGCUUCACUCCCGAUCCCGAUGUGGACUGGUCUGGAACAGCGCAGCGCCGGAUGAGCGUCAUGAACAACUUCGGGCUAUGCCUUUUGCAUGAUGUACGGCGGAGGCAGUCCAUCAUGCCUGACAGAGAAGACGAUGAUCCCCGAGCUCGCUCGUGGUCCGACAACUUCAGAAGAAGAUUCCUCUCCAACGCCGACACGACUCUGCCACUUUCGAAACGUCGUACCUCCAUGUUCAGCCAGGGCGAAAAAUCUGGUGUUGACAACCCCAACUUCGUCACUGAAAGGGGCAGCGAACUCACUGCCGAAGGAAAACCGAAGUCAUGGUCGGACCGGUUCCGGGUGCGGUUUGACAUGGCACAUGGCGGCCACGGUGGACGGCCAGGAGAAAAACGGCGCGGUUCCAUGUUCUGCCGCAUGGAACGGAUUGACAGCUACGGCAACAUGAGUGACCAACAGAAUGGUGAAACGAAAUCCCAAAAGAGUAACGAUUCAAAAGAAGAGGCUGCAGAUCCAAAGACGCCCGAUUCCCAGGUGCCGGAAAUUGUGUUCAGUCACUUCUGAACUCUGUGCCAAGCAGUGUUCGAGCCAGCACCGUAAAGCUGGUGUUGUAUCUUGCCAAGAGUUAUUGGUGGUGCGACUUCUGAACUCAGUGCCAUCUUCUACCAGAGACUGCUCUUUUACAGCGAUGAUGACGCUGAUGAGCCUUUUAUGACAUUGACGUGGCUACCUCGCGGGUUCACUUGAAUAGCUGAGCGAAGCCAUGAUUGGUCGUACUUGCUGCGUCAUUCAGUGACGCGCUUAGCUGCCGGUAGGUGGACCUCGCUAUACUGGCUGGCGCAGCUCGCCGAGUUGAAAGUCGGCCGGCUGGCAGCCUACGGCGAAUAGCUAGGAAGUAGAGCUUUUGAGGAAUGACUGGCACUAACAGAAUUUGUACACUUUGUUACAUCCUGAAUGCGAAAUCCGUGCAGGGGCUUUAAGCCUACGUUCGUAGUGUGAAAGGUGAUGACCGGCGAAGACCGCAUAAAUUGGACAUCAGCCUUCUGAUGACUCUGAUAAAAUUUAGUGGUCCAUCAGCAAUGCUACACAACUUGUUUGUAUAUUUCCAUAAACAGCAGCAGCAACUGCGGAAGAACUUUUAACGAGUGAUAAACGUGUGCGUCUUCGGGUUCAUAGAGAGCUGAAGAGCAUUUGUGGACACUCUUGUAUAGAAUGGAAGAGCAGAUCCAAUCUGCCAGCCUUCCUGUUUUGUGUUGUAUUCGCGACGCGAGACUGUCCGGCGUUGUUUUGCAUUUUGUACGUGAGAUAUGAUGUCUCAUAAAAUGCCCCUUCAUCGCUGUA